CACUUUUUACAAUGGGUGGAAAUUCGGAUGGAAAGCCCUGCAAGUUCCCAUUCAAUUUCCAAGGUACCUCCUACAACAGCUGUACAACAGAAGGGAGGACAGACGGAUACCGAUGGUGUAGCACCACUGAAGAUUAUGACCGUGAUAAGAAAUUUGGGUUUUGUCCUGAAACAGCGAUGUCCACAGUCGGUGGGAAUUCCGAAGGAGAGCCCUGUACGUUUCCUUUCACCUUCCUUGGGAAUAAGUAUGAGUCGUGUACCAGUUCUGGACGUCAAGAUGGGAAAAUGUGGUGCUCCACAACUAGCAACUACGAUGACGACCGCAAAUGGGGAUUCUGUCCUGAUCAAGGCUACAGUCUUUUCCUGGUGGCUGCUCAUGAGUUUGGCCAUGCCAUGGGGCUAGAACAUUCCGAAGACCCUGGAGCCCUAAUGGCACCGAUCUACACCUACACCAAGCAUUUCCGUCUCUCCCAGGAUGACGUUCAGGGAAUCCAGGAACUUUACGGAGGUUCUACUGAUGUUGGACCAGGCCCGAGUCCGACCCUUGGACCAGUCACACCUGAGCUGUGCACAAAGGACAUUGUCUUUGAUGCCAUUGCCCAAAUCAGAGGGGAAAUAUUUUUCUUCAAAGAUCGAUUCAUCUGGAGGACUGCGAACCAACGGGGCCGACCCACCGGGCCUUUGCUGGUCGCAACGUUCUGGGCCGAAGUGCCGGAAAAAAUCGAUGCCGUUUACGAGGCCCCUCAGGAAGAGAAAACGGUCUUCUUUUCAGGAAAUGAAUACUGGGUCUAUUCGGCAAGCACUUUGGAGAGAGGUUAUCCAAAGAGACUCACUAGCCUGGGACUGCCCCCUGAUGUACAACAGGUCAACGCAGCUUUCAACUGGAGCAAAAACAAGAAGACUUACAUUUUUGUAGGAGACAAAUUUUGGAGGUACAAUGAAGUAAAGAAGAAAAUGGAUCCUGGCUUCCCCAAAUUAAUUGCAGAUGCUUGGAAUGGCGUUCCAGACAGCUUAGAUGCUGUUCUGGAUGUGAGCGGAACAGGUUUCAGCUAUUUCUUCAAGGACUGGUAUUACCUCAAACUGGAAGACCAGAGUCUGAAGAUCGUUAAAGUUGGCAAUGUGAAAUCUGAUUGGCUGGGCUGCUGAACUGAGUGACCUCUUAAUAACCAAAAAAACAUGUACACUUUUUUUUUUGGUACAAGUCCUAUGUCUUACCUGCCAUUAGAGAUAGACCUGUAUGUUAAUUCAUUGGCCAGUCUGGAACUGGCAUCGUCGCUCAGUUACUAUUUCUUUAUGCAACCACGUAUUAGAGCGUGUGAUUAAGCACAUGUACUUGGGAGCGAGUUCCAGCCAAACCCGGGAAUUUACUUUCUAAGUCCAGGCAUUGAAGAUUAGGGGUGCCAGACACGUACAAGGACUUUUGUUUUUGUUUUUUUCCAUUGCUUAAUUUAAGACUUUUGGAGCCUUUGGGCAAACAAUAAAAGAUGUUUACUUCAGUAGCCUGAAAUAUGGUACUAUGUUCAGUUUACCACAUCAGCAGAUUGAUACUAGCAGCAAGAGAGCUGUGAUUCUCUGUUUUCCUGGGUCACGAUCAAAUGGGAGGGAGGAACCAAACAUUUGAAUUCGCCCUCAAAUUAAUAAA